AUGGGGAGAAAUCGUACACAAAAAUAUAAAUUAAGAGAAGAGAAUUUAGAAGGAAAUGGAAAUACAUUCCAUAAUACUUUAAAAGGUUCUUCUACAGAUAAGACUUUACUUAAUAAAAGGUCGACUCAAACUAACUUGUUUAAAUUUAAUGGAAAAUAUGAAAAUAGAAUAAUAGAUGAUGAUAGUACAACAAAUAGUAAUACACCAAAUAAUGCUAUAGAAAAGAAUAACAAGGGGAAUGGUAAUCGACCGAAUAAUAACACACAAAAUUACAUUACAUUACUUCAAACCAAUGUAAAUUUUAAUAAAAUGAAAACACCCCAAGAAAAUACAAUUAUUAAUCUUAAUAAAAUUAAUCAAUUACAUAAUAAGAAUCAAAUAUGUUCUAAUAGAAUAAAUAAUUUAUGUAAUUACGAUGAACAAUUAUGUAACGUAUUAAAUAAUAGUGAAAAAGAUAAAAAAAAAUUACAUGGAAACAAUAAUAUAAUUACACAUAACCAUCAAAAUAAUAUUACUUCAACAUUAUAUAAGUAUGACAAUAGUUGUAUAGAAAAUAAUCAAUCUGAUUAUAUAAAUAAAUUGAGUAUCGAAAAUAAAGCAAAUACUAGUAAUACAUUUUAUAAUAUAGAUCAAUUCGGUUUACUGAAUAAAAAAAAAAAAAUAAAAUCACUUGAAAACCUUAAAAGUUAUAUAUCUAAUGAUGGUGAGUCUUUCAAUAAUUCCUUCACAAUUAAACCUUUUAAUUCGUAUAACAAAUCAACAAUGAAAGUAAAAAAUAUUUUAAGUAACGAAAAAACAAUCUUAUGUAGAAAGAAUUGUAAAAAUUUUAUUCUGAAUAAAAGAAUAAACUUGGAACAUUAUAAUUCAAAAAAAGGCAAUAGCAAUAAUAAUGAUAUGAAUGAAUGUGAUGUAGUUAAAAAUUAUAAGCAAGACUAUGGUAAUAAUAAUAAUAAUAAUAAUAAUAAUAAUAAUAAUAAUAAUAGUAAUAGUAAUAGUAAUAAUAAUAAUAGUAAUAAUAAUAGUAAUAAUUAUUAUUAUUAUAGUGAUAAUUAUAUUAAUGAUGAUGACAAUAAUAACUAUUAUAAUAAUUAUUAUUAUGAUGAUGAUGAGGAUAUAAAAAAAGGGGAACAUAUUUAUUUUUAUAAUAAAUAUAUUAUGUCUGACAAUAAACCUAUAUACAACAAUAUCAAUUAUUUUAAUAAAAACGAAAGGAAUGAAAUUUCCAAUGGAACGUUUAGUUAUGAUAUCUUUAAUCCACAUAAAAAUAAUAAAGACAAAAUAUGUAUGCAGAGAUUUUAUUAUAGUAAUGAUUAUUUGAGACCAGUCAUAUGUGAAUAUAAAUCUUUUAAUAAAAAUAUAUAUAAGUCAAAAAUAUGUUUACAAAGAGAAGAAACACAUAUACCUAUUUCAAAAGAGUGUGCUGAUAAAUGUGGAGAUAAUAAUAAUAAUUAUUAUUAUGAUAAUAAAAAUAAUCAAAAUAAUCAAAAUAAUCAAAAUAAUUAUAAAUGUAAUCAAUAUGUUAAUGAACACAAUAGUAAUCAUGGUAACAAUGACAACGAUAAUAAUGAUAAUAAGAAUGCUAAUAAUAAUAAUGAUAAUAAUAAUAAUGAUAAUAAUAAUAAUGAUAACAACAACAACGACAACAACAACAACAACAACAACAAUAAUAAUAAUAAUAAUAGUGGUGAUGAUAGUAGUGAUGACAAUAAUAAUGAAGAAUCAAUGAAAAAAAGGAGAAAAGAAAAAAACAAAAAAAAGAAAAAAUGUAAUAAAAAUAUAUCAGGUAAAAGAAAAAAUAAUUACUCAUAUGAAAAAUUUAUAAAUAAAAAGAUUUAUUCCUCAAAUGACGUAUAUUUAACAGAAGAAUAUGAAGAAGAUAAAAGUAAAAUAAUAAAUGAAAAAGAAAAAACUAUAAAUUUAAUUUCAUAUAUAAGUGACAAUUCAUCUAUAUUAUCUAAUAAUAAAUUAAAAAAUAAUAAUAAAAUAAAUAAUAAUAAAAUAAAUAAUAAUAAUAAUAAUAAUAAUUGCUAUAAUAAAACGAACUGCAAAAAAAAAUCAGUUCCAAUAAAAUCUCGUAGUAGUAGUUAUAUAGAUAUCAAAAAUAUUGUACAUGAAAGAUUACGUAGAAGCUAUUCAAAUACAUGUAUUUAUAACUCAGAAAAGACCAUACAAAAUAAUGUCCAUCCCUCUUUUAAUAGUAAUAUAAGUUGUAAUUUGAAUGCAAACAAUAUACAUGAAACAUCUAAUAGUAAUCAUAUUUUAUUUAACAACUCUAAUAAUUAUGUGAAGGAAAAAAAAAAAACUCAAAAAAAUUCAAAAACGAGAUUAAGUUCAUUGCACAAAAAUCAUGUAAAAAAUAUAGACACCAAUAUUAAUAAAAAUUUCAAUCCAUGUAAUUACGCAAAGAAUAAGAAAAAGUGUACUACUACUAACAAUAUAUAUAUAAAUCUUGAAAAUUCUUUACAAGAUAUAGAAAAUAAUAUUAUUAAUUUGGAUAUGUCAUUAGUUGACACUCAUACAGAUUUACACACAAAACAAAAAUAUAUUAACAAUAAGCAAGAUAAUAUACCACUAAUAUUGCUACAACAAAUUAAGGAAAAACAGAAUUCUCUUUCUGAUUCGAAUGAGGUAGAUAAAAAGAAAAACAAAAAUAAAAAAGAAAAUAAAAAGGAAAAGGAAAAAGAAAAGGACAAAGAAAAAGAAAAGGACAAAGAAAAAGAAAAAAGAAAAAUAAAGAAAAGAAAAAAAUCUAUUACAAAAAAUAAUCAACCAAACACAUAUUAUACUUGUGAUAAUGAUGAUGAUAACCUCCUUAGUAAUAAUAGCGAUACACCUAUGUUUUUUCAUUAUGAAAAUAUAUUAGAUAAUAAUAUGAAUCAAGAGAAAAAUAAUGAAAACCACUCAUUAAUUAAAAAAGAAGAAAAUAUAACUUAUUCAUAUAAAAAUAAUGAAUCCACAAAUAACUUUCUUAUAUUAGAUAAAAUUAAUCAAAUGCAUUAUAUACACUCAAAUAAAAAGAAAAAAUUUAACCACAAUAAUAAUAAUUCAAAAAGACAUCGUUUUGUAAAAAGCAAAAAAAUAUAUUCAGCCAAAUGUUAUAAAGAAAAUGAUAACACAUUUGAAAAGAUGAAUUCUUUCUAUAGCGAUAAUAAUAUAAUUAUUAGAAGUAAUUCUUUAUCCAAUAUAAUAAAUAGUAAUAAUAUCUUCUGUAACAGUGAUAUAAAUGAUAUACACUUUGAAUGUUCCUCUAUAUUAAGUAAUCAAAAUAUUUUAUUAAGAAAUUCAAAUGAAUAUAAUAUAGAAAAACAAAACAAACAUAAUAAAAAUAAUGAUAUGAAUAAUAAUUUAAAUAAUAUUAUACAAACAAAUGAUACCACUAAAAGGAACCCAGUUUAUAAUUAUCACAAUCAAAAUAAUAAUAGUAAUAAUAAUACUAUUCUUUUUAAUACUGAUAAGUCAAAUCUUAAAGAAAAAUCUCUAGGAAAUUAUCUUACAAGAAGCAAAUCAUGUUGUGAUACUCUUGAAAAUGAUUCUAAACAUAAUAUUUUUAAUAUUAUGUCUGAUAAGAAAAAACACGCGUCACAUAAUUAUCACUACUUAGCUAGUAGAACGAAAUUAAAAAAUACACAAAGAAAUAUUCAAAAUGAUAAAGACAAAAUAAAGUUAAUCACAAAAAAAAAUUCAAAACACCACCAACUAGAAGAACAAAAAGAACAAAAUGAACAACAAAAUGAACAAAAAAAAGAACAACAAAAUGAACAACAAAAUGAACAACAAAAUGAACAACAAAAAGAACAACAAAAUGAACAACAAAAUGAACAACAAAAAGAACGACAAAAGAUAACACAAAAUAUUUCAUUGUCAAAUUUAUUAUCACAACAAAAAAACGCCUCCUCCUUUAAUGAUUUACAAAAAAAUUUCUCAUUAAAUUCAAGCAAAUUAAUUCAGAAAAAAAAAAGCCACGAUGUAAUCAUUCCUAAUAAUAUCAAAAAUAAUACUUUAUAUAUAUCAAAGGAUAUACUAUCUGAACAAAAUAAAAUAAAUAGUGACCCUAAACGUUAUAAACCAUCAUCAAAUGAGUUAAGAAAUAAGUCGUGUUCAAAAGAAAAUUUGAAAAGUAAUUCAACUCAAAUUCAAAAUAAUAAUAAAUUAUAUGAUCCUAUGGAAUGUUAUAGAGAUUAUGAUUGUGCUCAAAAAAUUAAAGAAGAUAUUUUACAAAAUGAAAAAUUUCCUUUCAUAUUUUAUGAUAGCAACCUUCGUAAUUUAGUUAUAUAUUAUAAAGAUAAUUAUACCACAGAAAUCAAAACGAAAUAUUUUUCAGCUCAAAGAUUUGGCCAUGCCACAGCAAAAAAAAUUUCACUUAACUUUUUAAGAUCCUUAGGUGUUAAUGCAGAUUAUUUAGAAAACAAUAAUGUUUUUUCAUAUGAAAGAGAUACUAAAAGUAAAUUGUUUAAUAUUGGAAAAGCCAAAGCAAACAUAAACCCUGAAGAAAAUUCAGAUAUCAAUUUAAUAUAUGAUAAGAAAAAAAGAAAUGUUAUUGUUUCAUGGAAUAAUCAAGUUAAAGGUUAUAACUUUAGAAAAUUCUCAACACAAAGAUUUGGUUAUGAUGUAGCUAUUUCUCUCUCCAUUGACUUUUAUAAAAACUUAGGUGGAUUAAAAGAAGAAGAAGAAAUAAGAAAUUAUAUUAAUCAAAUUAAUAAUUCCUUUAAAUAUAAUCGAAAUGUAACAAAUAAUAAUAAAAGAGGUAGAAAAAGAGGAAGAAGAGGUCGAAAAAAAAUUAUCAAAACAAAAGAUGAUCAAUCAUUAUCUUCUGCAUAUGAAUCCAUAAACUCAUCUACAAACCAUUUUUAUAAUAAUAACAAAAAUUGUGAAAAGAAAUCUUUCUUUUAUUUACAUAAUAUAAAACAAAAUAUUAUUAAAUGUAAACUGAAUAAUAUAUCUAAUCAAUAUAAUCAAAUAAACCAAUUUAAAAAAUAUUUCAACUUAUUUUAUGUUAAUGAAAAUAUUAUUGAAAUUUUACAAAAUCAGUUCAAAGAAUUUAAUACUCUUGAUAUUAAAAUAAACAAUAUAUACAAAUAUGAUUUCUUUUUAAAUAAAACAUUUAUAUAUAUAUAUAUAAAAUAUGUAGAAAAUGUGCAUGCCAAGUUAUAUAUGGAACAACAACAAAAUAUAGAGCACCUUUUUUCCCCUUUAGAAUCAUCAUAUAAAAUGCAGAAGGAAAUGUCUAUGGAAAAAGAAAAUGUAAAAAAACAAAGUAUAUUAAAUUUUUAUGACAACGAUCAUUGUAUAUAUACAAACAAAAAUAAUAAUAAUAGUAAUAAUAAUAGUAGUAAUAAUAGUAGUAAUAAUAAUACAAAUUGUUACUUCAAAAUUGUAGAUCAACAUUUUGAUUUUAAGGUACAAAAUAAAGACUUUCCAUUAAAAUACUUAUGUCCCUAUUUCUUAAGUAAAUUGAAAUACCAUAAAGAACAAGACAUUUUAAUGAAAGGAUAUUAUUCUAGUGAUGAUUCCAAGUUAUACGAUAUUCUAUUUAUUAAUAAGAAAUAUCAUAUUAAACACGCACCAUGUAAUAACAAUGUAAAUACUAGAAAAAGAAGAAACGUAGUAAACACUACUCAUAAGACAUUUAAAUCUUCUACAAAUAAAGAAAUUAAAAGAAACGAAAAAAAGGAAAAAAACGAAACAAAUGAUAUUUAUAAUUAUUAUGAGAAAAAAAAAAGAACAAGAAAAAGAAUAAAACAAAAUAAAAUAGAAAAAGAAAGGGAAAGGAAAAAUAUAUACAUGCAUUUCCAAAACAAUUACAAAAAUAUCUAUCAUUCAAAUAAUCUUCAAGAUGAUAUUUAUCAAAAUAAUUAUAAUAAAUAUGAUUAUAAUAUUGAUUAUAAUUUUGAUUAUGAUGAUGAUGAUGAAGAUGAAGAUGAUGAAUAUUCCAUAAGUGAUGAAAAAUAUGAUAAUCAAAGAAAUUAUAAAUACAAAACAAAAAAAACUAAAAUUAGAACACCAGGAAGAGGUAUAGGUAAAGGUAAAGGUAAAGGAAGAGGCAGAGGAAGAAGUAAAGGUAAAGAUAAAGAUAAAGAUAAAGAUAAAGGAAGAGGCAAAAGUAGAAAUAGAGGAAGAAUAAGUAAAAUACAUCCAACCAAAAAAUUAAUAUCAAAAACAUAUUCUAUAUUAAACAGCAAAACAAACCAAAACAUAAGUAUAGAUAAUAAUAUGUUUUAUACAAAUAAUCAAACGAAUUAUAAAAAUGAUAAUAAUAACUAUUCAUCAUUUAUAAAAAGUAACAAGUUUUUAUCAAGAAAUAAAAAUAUUAAAAAUUUAUUGGCUAAAGGAAAAAAAUAUAUAGUUUGUUAUAAUUACUUAGGAAAAAUACAAGUCAAAGUAUUUCCUGCUGAUGUAUAUGGAACGACAAAUGCACAGAAAAAAACAGUAGAUUUUUUACAACAACUUAAGAAAGAAUUAAAAACAGAAGGGAAAAUACUAUAUAGUGAAUAUGAUAGUAAAGUAGCUUUUGAUGUAACAAAUUGUUUAAAAGAUAAUAUUAUCUUAAAUUGUACUGAACAAACAAAUUAUUCAUCCAUUCUUCUGGAAAAUGAAAAUUCUCUAUACCCUACCAAUGAUAUAUACCAUAAAAUUAAUAAUAACAUAACCAUAACAAAUAAAAAAAAAAAAAGAGGAAGAAAAACAAAAGAAGAAAAAAAUAUGAUACAUGAUAUAAUAUCAAAUAAAUUAUUCUCAAAUAAAAUAUUAUUAAAAAAUAAUGAAACGAAUCAUAUUAUGGAAAAUGAUAAGGCUCUUAUACAAUAUCCAACAUUUACACAUUUUUUACAAAGUGAUACACAUAUUUCGAAUUAUUCAAAUGAUAAAAAUAAUAAAAAAAAUUUGUUUACACAAACACAUAAUCAUAACGAUAAGAAUAUUUGUGAGGAAAGAAAAAUUCAAAAUGAUCAAAAAUAUAAUAAUACAAAAUAUACAAAUGAAUCUGAUUUUUUUAAGGAACAAGAAAAAAACUAUAUACAAAAUGAACAAAUUAUACAUGAUAUAAUCGAGUCAUCAAAUAAAUUUAAUAAUGAAAAUAUCAUUCCUAUACAAGAAAAUACCAAAAAUUAUAUUGAUGAUGACAAAUAUAUAGAAACAUUAGAUGAUAAAAUAAAUAAUUUUGAAUAUAUAGAUAAUACAACAAAACUUCCCAAUCAAUAUCUUCCAGUAAAAACAUCCUUAAGUAAUAAUACUACUAAAAAUGUAGAUGAAAUAAAUACUUAUGAAAAAAAUAGCACAUUCUCUAAUAAUAAUGAUAUGGAAACAAAUGAUCAAAAACAUUUUUUGGAAUAUAUGAACAAUUUGCCCUAUUUAAAAGAUCAUAACAAAUGUACUAAUCAUAUUACUGAAAAUGAAAUAAACCAAGAACUAAUAAAUUCCAAGGACGCAAAAACAUAUGACACUAACAUAAUUACUGAAAGUGAAGUAAACAUAGGAAAAAAUAAUCAUUCUUUAAAACAAAACAUUUUACAAAUAGAAAAUGAUAUAAACCAUAUUAAUACCUUAUAUAAUACAUACAAUAAAUCUAAUAAUAUGUAUCUCUUCCAAAACAACCAACACGUUCUGGAACAAAAUCAACAAAAUGUAAACAUUACAAAGAAUUAUAAUUAUCCUCAUUUAAAUCAAAGUAAUCAAAAAGUCAUAAAAGGAUUUUUAACCUUACGAAAAGAAAAGGGAAUAUGUUUAAAUGUAAAAAGAGUAUAUUCCCUAUAUGAUUUAUAUCAUAAGCUUAUUAACGAUUGUGAUUAUUCAGAAUUUUUAGAACAAAAUUGGAAUACAAACAUCUGGAAAAAUAAAUAUGAUCAACACGAUGAUAAUACAAUAACGCAAACCAGUCCUAUAAGGACAAGAAAUUAUAAAAAAACUCAUGGGUAUAAUAAUAAUGUAGAACAAAAUGAAAAAUAUGGAAAGUUUAAUAAUCAGCCUAUUCUAAAUGAAAAAAAUGAAAAUGAUCAAACAAACAAAAUUAAUCAAAUAGAUGAAUGUAACCAAUCGAAUCAUCUUAAUAUAACGAAACAAAUAAAAACAACAAAUUUUCAAACUAUAUUACCAAUUCAGAUAAAAAAAGAAAUUCCUCAUGAAAAGGAAGAUACACAAAAUAGAACAUAUAAUACAAAAAAUGAUUGGACUGGGUUAGUUAAAUAUAACACAUCAAAAGGUAUUGUUAAAAUACCUAAAAUGUGCAUAAAUAAAUUAGCUAGAAAAAAAGGUUAUAUGAAAAUGACUUGUUUUAUAUAUAGAGGAAAGGGAGAAUUUGUUUCCUAUUUCUUGGAAAGAGGAAAUAAAAACUUUAAUUUUAGAAAUCAAAUAAAAAAUGAACAAAAUGAAAAUGAUCAUAUAGAUUCAUAUACAUCUUAUAACGACAAUCAUAAUAAUUAUAAUAAUAAUAAACUAAAUAAUUACACAUGUGGUGAUAUCUUAAGUAAAGAUAAAUCAUUAGCAGAUAAUAAUAAAAAAUAUUAUUUAAGAGAUAAACCAAAUAUUCAAAAUAAUAUUACAUGUUAA